AUGGCGGAUGAGAGUGGAGAUUUUCACCAGCAGCCAAAGAGAGCUAAAUUAGCUCUCAGAGAGUACACUAAAUUGCCAAUUUGGAUAUGCGAGAAUCACGAUGAAGUGUUGUACUAUAUUCACAGAGCUAUUGGAUCGCGGCAUCUUGCAUAUGAAGGAAUAACGGUUCUCCAUUUUGACUCUCACCCGGACCUCACUGUUCCAGUAAAGAUGUCAGCCGACAUAGUUUUCGAGCAAGAAAAGCUAUAUGAAGAGAUCAGUAUUGCAGACUGGAUUCUUCCCGCUGUAUAUGCUGGACAUGUGAGUCGAGUUAUUUGGGUAAAACCACCCUGGGCGGAUCAGAUUAAGGAAGGUGUGUUUAACUUCAAAGUUGGUAAACACAAGAAGACAGGUUUUAUAAGGUACGGCUGGUAAACCGUGUUGACGGCCCCCUAAAUCAGAGGUGGGGGGUACUGCCAUAUAUGGGCUAUAUAGGUAUGUACCACUGUCAUACUGAUGACGCGUCAUUACCCAGAUCUGGGUAGUGAUGGGUCAUCAGUAUGGAAUUUCUUCGCUUGUUUCUCAGACAUCAUUUCGCAGGGAAACCGUUGGUGGCUUUGCAAAAUGUUGUCUGUUUUCUCAGGCUACGGGACGGUGGGAGAAGUAGUUUUUCUUCUUGCCUAGUAUUGAUAGUUUCAUCAACUAAAAGGCUACAGGACUCUUGUAGCUAAUAUUAAUCAGUAUUUUUACCACCUGAUUGACUGCAUGAAAAGAUAGCUCUCUAUUCAGAAGGUACUUCAUGUAAAAUGAUACACCUGGGUGGGACAUUUUAUGGAGGGUCAUUUUUUUGUGAAAAAAUUAUUCACGACUUCUCUCUAUGUACCACAACAAAAAUAAUGUGGUUUUGAUAAGAUGCCAGUCCUUCACGAACUGAUACUUACAGUGUACAGCUGUAUAACAGACCAUAUGUUGCAUAAGACACUUGUAAAAUCCGCAAGGUUUAUACAAACCUUUCUCUUUAUUUUCUUUUAAUCUUCUUGGUCUUUUCAUGCAAAAUGAAACCACCAAAAAGAUGGAAGAAAACUGAACAAGAAGGACACUUAUUUAUAACCUAAACACUGGUAACCAAAGCCAAUGCUGGAUGCCCUCCUGUGAUUUUCAAUGUGCUGCUAAGUUUCUUAUUAUCCUCAGAUGUACAAUGUAUAUAACAGUACCAGUCCAGUAAUGAGUUGCAUGUAAUUACUAUCCUUUUAGAGUGACAUGCUCAGAGGUAUAUUUUGUGGAAGAACUUCUUUAUGCUGACGAGGAGUCAUUAGAGAAUUGCAAAACUCUUGAGCUCGUUGUGUGCACUGUAAAACAUGGAGUGAUGCAAAACAAAGACAAUGGAGUUCAAUCAGAAGCUCCGAAUUCAGAAAGUGAAACCUCAGAAUUGCAUACGAAGAGUAAACAAAGUGGAACUGAUCAGUCUAAUCAAGUUGAAGGGUGCAAGACAAAGUUCACUUUAAAUUCAGCUAAUUCCAUUUUGGGAGAGAGGGGAGCAAAAGCAGUUGAUUGUGGACAAAAAACAUUGGGAGAGGGGCCAAAUGCAUUCCAAGAAUACAACAGUGAAAGUGUAACGAAAAAGGGAAAAUAUGAGAUUGAAUGCUCUGCACAGGACAGCUCUUUUAUUGCAAAUACAAAAGGAGUUGAAUUAAAUCAUCCAUGCAAAGAGAAGGGCCAAAGUAUGGAUGCAGAAGGAACAAUGGCUGAUGUUUGUAGCAUUUUUGCAAACAUAAUUUUACAAGAAAAUAGUUUAAUUCUGGAUAUAGACAUGGACUACUUUUCAACACAGAAUCCGUUUAAACUAUUGUAUACAGAGGUAAGUGAAGGUAUGAUUUGCAGUAAAUUUAUUAUAGUAGUUCCCUACACAGGUGUCCUUGCAGAUUUUCAUGUAGCAAUCCUUACCAGGAAAGUGAGAUAUUUAAGACUAAAGGAUGUCUACAUUAAUUUACAUGAGGCUUACCGCCAGCAAAGACGUUAAAGUAGUUAUAACCUCAUUUCUAAACAAACCUCUGGUCUGUUGGCCAUCUUUGUCACCAAUGUUAUUAUGAAUUCCUAUAAUUAUUCUAUUUAUUAUUAACGGUAAUAUAAUCAUAAAUUACUCAAUUCAUUACACAGACAAUAGUGAACUUACGCAACCGGACAGGAGAGGAAAGAUGAAGGCAAACUUUGUGUGACAAGCGUGACAAUAAUUUUGUUUGAAAAAACCUUUCUGCCGAACUUCACAUUCCUUUAAACAGAUCUUUUUGUAGAAGAGCAAAAAACAUCAAAUGUUAAGUGAAUUACCAACAAAACACGCAAGUAGUAGUGUUUUGCUGUCCUCCUCUUUUGGAUAUGUCCUGUUGUGUAAACUCACUAAUAAUGGUUUAACAUUUAAAAGGUUUCUGAAAUUUAAAAAUGUUGUUAAAUUGAUCACUUUUAAUUUGGCGGAUAUCACUAAGGCAAAUAUUACUAGAAACUUUAUUAGCAAUUUUGCUGUCAGUAAACAUGUUACAGCUAUAAUGCUUUUUUUUAGGAUGACUUUAAGGCCUUACGAGAUAUUUACAGAUUUGAGGAACCUUCAUCAACAAGCAAUGAGGUACUAGUACAAUCAUUAUUCAAAGUGGACAGACUGCAAAUUACAGUAGCUGCCAAAAAAUAUAUCUUAACGUGACUUUGUUGUGAUAACUGCAUGUUCAUCAGUAGGAUGCCUAAAAUGUGUGCAAUUCCACAAUUGGUUCCAGCUCCAUUAAAUCCUAUACCAAUUGCUGAACAUUUUAGGAGGAGCCUCCCACAAUGUGAGCACAGUCACUGACAACACAUAUAAGUGAGGAAAGUGAACGAACUAAAUGUACACAUCAAUUAAAUAAAUAAAUAAAUAAAUAAUGCAUGCACACAAAUAAAACUGUGUACGCCUACAUACCAAGAUGCAACUGAAGUACAAAUCUAUAAGUAGUAUAUAUAAGUGAUGUAAGGAUAUGAUGGUGCAAUUCAAGCCUGGAUUGCUAAUCUCAUCUCCCGCAACGCUGCUCCAUACUUCUCGAUGAUAAGACCAUGGUGAUUGGAAAAUUUAUUAAAUGAUUUCUGAAGUAGAUUCAUGGUUUCAAAUCCUUGUUGUCUGAGACGUAUUUUGUUUGAAAUGCAUUGGCCGCGAAAGUUGACCUGUAAUAUGGAGUUCUUUGGUUUCUGUAACAGUGUAAUAAAAAAAUAAUAGUGUAUUCAUUGACUUUCUAGGAUUUGGAGAGAUGCAUAAAAGAACGCCAAGUACAAGUGGAGCAGAUUGAAUCUACUUAUAAAUAUUUACAAGAACAUUCAUCUCGUAUCACUGAUAAAAUGUCUGAUAGCUCUAUCCUAAACCAAGAUCUUGUGAAACUUGCAGAUAAAAUAAAACUGGAACAGGGUGGCAAGCUUGAUUAUGAAAUGGUAAAUUCUUAGUGAGGGUGCUUUUGGUUUUUGAAUGAUAAUAAUUAUUGUCAAUUAAUAAAUUACUUUGCAAGUUCUCUGAUAGUUUAAUGUAUGAACUACAUGCCCCCAGCUGUACUAAAAGCAGCAUGCAUCAGUUUUAAUGUUUCUAAUAGCAGAGUCUAGAAAGGUCUUAAUUCAGUUAAUAUUACGAGCAAGUAAUUCAGAGUAACAUAAAACAUUUUUGACUAUCAACAAUCUUUUCAAAACACAACACAAUUUUCCGUAACACAACAAUCUUUUUCAAAACACAAGAAUCUUUUGAAGAACACAACAAUCUUGAAAUAUUUUUCUUUAACAGGAAACAACCAUGAGAUUAAGACAGGGCAGUAAUGUUUAUCUUAAUAAUGAUUAUUAUUAUCUGAGUCUAAAUACUGAUCAUUACUCUCUUAGCUUCACUUCUCAGGAAUGUCAUCAGAAAUACCUCAUCAUGUGAGUUCUUCUGAAAUGAUUGACAGUCUCAUGGUCUCCAUGGCAACAUUACUAAAGACUGUUCCAAAACCUACUUUAAUCACAGCGGCUAGGUAUGUUCUUGAAGUUGUUUGUUGUUGAGUUAUUUUGAUCUGUUGGUAAUACAUUGUUACUCUGGAUUCUCAAGAUAAUUAUUGUAUCACCAUCCAACUUAGUCUCAGGCAAGUGACAGGGGUACCUGGAGAAAAGCUCAAAUUGACUGAUAAAUUGUAAUAUUCUCCUUCCAAUUUCUCUUGGAAAUGCUCACAAAUUAAAAAGAGAAUUUGGAUAUUGAAUCAGGACUCAUCCAAUUCAGGGCCUUUUCCAUGCAGCCCUCCACAGGCCUGCAGUAUAUUCUAGCCUACAUACACACAUCUACAUGCCUGCCUGAACAAACCUCUAGCCUGCGUAGCAAUCAUUUCCACAUGAGUUCGUUGAGAAAGUUGGGACGAGAGCAAACAAAAAGGAAUGACGGGGGAAGGGGGAGGGGAGAGAAGGAAACACUUAUGCGCAAACCCCAUGAUUUUGAAAAACUGCGUUUGCCUACAAAUGCAGCUUCUGAUUGGUGUAGUGCUGGUAGUGUUGGUUAAAUAGCAAUCAAUACAUCAAUCAAACCAGGAAUGUUUUGUUUACGCGCAUCGCAGAUCUGGUCUGAUCUGAUUUGUAGUCGCAGAUUACAAAAUUCUUUGGACUGAUAUUUAUUUGAAUCGUGUUUGUGUGAAGGUUUAUCAGAUCUGAGUCCCUUUAAAGUAUAAUUGGAGAUCGAGCAGUGGAGACUAGUGAAGGCCAAAGCCUCCAUGGACAAGUGAUUUGCCAACUUUGAAAAAAAAGAUUAUUUUUGUUUAUUGGAAAUUUGGCGGCAUGCAUAUUGCAGAGAACCUUUCAACACUGGCUGAAGAGCAGCUGCUCUGCAAAACUCUUAGCUGGUAGAGCAAAUAAUAUUGUUCUGGACAAAUCAUUUCUUUGCGGCGUUUGACAAGGGUUUAGAUGAGACAAAGCCACAUAACAUCCCAAAUUUAUCUUAACAAUAAAAAACAAGAAAUUCUGUGUCAAUCACUUAGAGUUUCAACCUUCUUUUGAAUAUUGUAAAGCUUCUUUAUUACAGUUCUUGUAAUCUUGUGGAGGAUGUUUUAUUAGAGAACAAAGUAAUCUGUUUGUUAUACUGGCUUCUAUCUUGACGAGCUGUCAAUUCACAAAUGAACCAAACCAUGAAGGGACCCAUGACUGUAAUGGCUUGGGGGGUUAGGACCAGGGACCAGGGCCCAGUUGUUCAAAAGGUGGAUAAUCUUAUCCACUGGAUAGCGAUUUAUCCGGUGGAUAGCGCUAUCCGAUGUUUGAAUAAACUGGAGCCUGAACAAGUCAAACUUCAAAAAUUCAAAUGUCUUGUUUUCUUUUCCUUUUGUUUUUGUUAAUUUUGUUUCUCUGGGGAGGGGUGGGUAGGGCACAGACAUACCUUGUAUGUAAUCAUAAUACAGGGAGAAGAAAGUUUUGGAGGUUUCAAAUGGAGAGGUACAUUUUUAUUGGGACGUGAUGAAAGAAGAGGAAUAUUCUAGGCUCCUUUAUUCAUCUACAAGACGUGCCUUUGAUUAUUUACACAUAUCAUGGAAUAAAUAAUUGAUUUGAUCAGCCUAGGAUUCAAAACUUGUUUUCUUCCUUUUUUGUUCAGGUCAUCUUAUGACGAUUACACUCCAGCAUACCAGGUAGAAUACAUCCAAUCUUCCCUUCUUCAAGUGUUGUCUUCAUGUUAUGGUGAAAAUCUUACAGUAAACAAAUGUUAUCAAACAUCAUAG